AUGCUCUGUAUUGAAUGCGAGGUAACAUCGGUUCAUGCAGGAAGAGAAACCAUCAGUUUUUCGCUACCCUUCGAUAUGGGUGAUUCAAAAUACUCCGGACGAAAUGACUUCGAAUGGGCAGUGAAAUUGAAUCGUGCGGGUUUGAAUUUGGUUGGGAUAUGGCCUGAUCCGGAAGAAAAUCCCAGAGAAAAAUUAAUGAGCAAUAUACGUGUAUUCGUUACAUUUCUGCUGGUGAUAAGUUUAUUGGUGCCUUCUAUACAUUCAUUGAUUAAAACUCAUUCUGAUAUCAUGCUGACAACAGACAAUUUACAAUAUACUUUACCGGCUCUUAGCACUAUUAUAAAACUCCUAAUAUUUUGGUGGAAAAAAAAAGCACUUGCCUCGAUCAUAAAGAUGAUUGUCGAAGACUGGUUAAACUCAAAAACCAUCUAUGAAAAAAAUGCGAUGAUGAAAUGGGCGCUACAUGCACGUAUUAUUAUUACAUGCACGUAUCUUGUAAUAGUGUUGGCAUUCAUACUGCUUUUUGGCAUGCCUAUUAUCGGAAAAUCAAUGGCAUUGACUCCGAAUAUCACUGAUUCCGGCAAAUCAACGGUCAUACCAACCUAUUACAUUUAUGAUGUAACGAAGAAACCGCAGUAUCAAUUAACAUUUAUUAGUCAAUACAUCUCUAUCAGUACCACUGCCGUGAUUUAUACAGGAAUCGAUAACUUUUUUGCAUUAUGUGUUUUUCAUAUUUGCGGACAAUUGAAUAUUAUGAGGAGUCGUCUCAAACAUAGUCACAGUAAUUUUCGUACCGUAUUGAAGAAUAGUGUGAUAUAUCAUAUUCGAUUGCUCAGAGCUAUAAAUACUAUAGAAGAUACGUACAGUGUGAUCCUUUUAAUAUUGUUUGUAUAUUUUGGAAUAAUGUUUGCAUUCUGCGGAUUCCUAUUAAUUACUCUAUUUGAAGUCGAAGAGAACAAUGUAUCGUUCACGCGUUUGUUAUUUCUUUUCCUUAUUAUUAUCUCUAUGCUCGUACAUAUGGGUAUUUAUUGCGCAGUUGGCGAGGCACUAAUAUCUGAAUGCAAUGGAAUUUAUUAUGCGGUCUACGAUUUCGAAUGGUACUAUUUGGAUCCAAAAGAAGCGAAGGAUUUAAUCCCAUUUAUUAUUAAAGUUAGUGAGCCUGUAUAUUUCACUGCUGGAAAAGUAUUUCCAGUGACAAUGGCUAUGCUUUGCAAUUAUGGACAUCCUAAGAGAGAGGACGUGUUACAAAGCACGUCUAGAUCGAACAACUAGAAAUGUCACAAUAGCAAGUCCGCAAACACGAAGCAAACGUCGAUAAAUAGAUGUCAAGGGUGAAAAACAUUGUCAAUGGCAGAUAAGACUGUCAUACACGGAGUUCAAAUUUUCAGUAUCAUUCUGUAAAUUAAUUAUGUUGUCAAACAUGUUUAUAAAAAACAUUUCAGCAAUUUGUCUCGUAUGCCAGUGCUUUCUUUGUGCAACACAAUCGGAUUUGAUCAAUCAAAAUCAUGAUUGCCAGAAAGACGAUGUUCAGUCACUACGGAAUAGGUUUUUGAACUUCGAUUAAUGUUGCGUCUAUGUUCACCAAUUCUAGUUUCGAGUCUUGUGCUUUGUAACAUGUCCUCUCACCUAGGAUGUCCAUACUGUAAAGUUCAGUUCAUAUGUUAAUUUUGUAACAUCGUCACUUGAUAAGGACCACAACCCGCAUGGUCGAAACGUAGUUUGUGAAUAAAGAAGUUUCUUGCCAGUUUGGUCGCUUCAUUUCUAAUUCAUUCACUGGCGCAUAGAAAACUGAUAAAGACAUCAGCCGGGUACAUAUCCGUUUUACUCGCAACGAAGAGGAAUUAAAAUUUCAUUUAAGAAUAAAUUCUUUCUAG